AUGGGCGACGACGGACCCCAACUCGUGCGGCCGAUUCCCCGUCGACCAUUCGAUAUGAAUCUCUCGAGCGCGACACCCCCAGGCGAUGACCUCGCCGACUACGACGACCCUUCUCAGGCUAGCUUUGGUUCCGGCCUCGAUUUUUCAAGCCCGAGGUUCCUGCAUCCCAAUUUCGAGCGCGCCGAGUCUGCCGUAUCGCUCAGCCGGCCACAGUCCAUCAUAAACUUGACUUCUUCGACCCUGAUGGGGAUAUAUUCCGUGGCGGCGUCGGACAGUCGGGAUCGACUCUUUAAUGAUAAUGAUGAGCCAGAUACGCCAUGGGGAACUGGCGCGCAUACUCCAAUCAGACGCCCUAGCGUCAACGAGGCGACUUAUGAACUUAUGCGCGAUCGCUCUCACUUUCCCAGGCGCUACUCUUCGUUUGGACCUUAUGCGCAGGUUGAGCACGCCGUAUCAUAUUCCACCUUCGAUUCCGUUACGUCCCUCACAUUUCGUGGCACUCUACUGUUCUUGCUCGGCUUGGGUUACGGCGCCCUCGUCACACGCCUUCACAACGAGCAGAGCCAUUUGCCCCCGAUUCCUGACGACAGUAUCCUGAAACCCGGAAACAAUUGGAGGUAUCUGGCCUUUUGGGGUGUAGCGGGCGUCGGGCUGGGCUCGUUGUUGCCGUGGUUCGACAGACUAUGGGAUAACAUCUUUGGCAGCGAGGGCGACAACGUCGUCGAUGACAGCCGAGCUGGCCCGGGCACCGACUGGGCUCUAGUCGUGCGAGCUAUUGGGGCAUUUGUUGGCAUCAUUUUUGCCAUUCGCAAGCUGUCGUGGGCAUCUACCCUUCAAGUCUCGGCGACAUUGGCACUGGUCAAUCCCUUGUUAUGGUGGCUCAUAGAUCGCAGUAAGCCUGGAUUCGUUCUGUCUGCUGCUGUUGGCCUGACUGGCUCGAUCCUUUUUCUCCGUGUCGACCCGGAGAUUAUGCCUGCGCCAUUAGGACUGUCACCUCGUAAUUUUUCAAAUGUCUUUGAAGGCGACCCCUUUACACUAGGCGGCUUAGCCACGCGGAAAACUGUUGAAACAGGCGUGUGGAUGCUCAGCGUGCUGUUUUGCAGCUGUCUCUGCUUUGGCAAUAUUGGUCGCAGGCUGACGUGGAAUAGAUCGAGCGGGAGAUGGGGUGUGGUUCGAUAG